CCGGCGGGUUAUGUGAUGAGUGGGAUGAUGCUGUGUUAUUAAAAUAUUUAUUAGUUAUUGCCUUUUUCCUCAAACUUCUCAGUACGUUUUUCCUAGGGUAUGUUGAGACAAUUUUCUUUCGUGAUCUACCUAACAAUUUCUUUUUGUGCUGCCUGAUUUAGUGAAAAGUUAAGGAUAUAGGCAAUGCAACGUUUGCUCCUCCUGGCAGUUUGUUGCUGCGCAUUGGCAGCAGCUGCUCCCAAGACAUCUGCUGCUCACAAAGGCCGUACAGUGGAAAAGAAACUCAGUGAUGAAGAGCACUUUGUCGAGGGCGAAGAACACAAUCCAGACUAUGAUCAUGAGGCAUUUUUAGGAGAGGAAGCCAAAGAGUUUGAUGAACUCACGCCGGAGGAAAGCAAGGAACGACUAGCGCUGAUCUACGACAAAAUCGACGCAAACCGUGACGGGAGGCUCACGGAGGAAGAGCUGACCAAGUGGAUAAAGUUCACUCAGGGCAAAUACAUCAACGAGGACGCUGAGCGACAAUGGCAGGCGCACACCACUAACGACAAGGACCACAUCACGUGGGAGGACUACAAAAAGUCCGUCUACGGCUUCACCGACGACUCGAACGACCAAGAGGACGAGGACGGGGACAGCUACAAAAAGAUGAUUGAGCGCGACCACAGGAGGUGGAGGACGGCCGACGCGGACGGCGAUGGCAAUCUGUCGCGCGAGGAGUUCGCUCACUUUCUUCAUCCCGAAGAGGUAGACCACAUGAAAGAGAUAGUCGUUAUUGAAACCAUGGAGGACAUCGACAAGAACAAGGACGGGAGAAUCACAGAGGACGAGUACAUCGGCGAUAUGUUCGACGCCGCGGGGGGCGGGGAGGAGCCAGAGUGGGUACAGAAGGAGCGCGAGCAGUUCAAAAACUACCGCGACAAGGACGGAAACGGAUACCUCGACAAGGAAGAGAUAUCGGCGUGGAUCAUCCCUCCUGAUUACGACCACUCGCUGGCCGAGGCCAAACACCUGAUUCUCGAGUCGGACACGGACCAGAACGGCGAGCUGACCAAGGAGGAGGUGCUCAACAAGUACGACGUGUUCGUCGGCUCACAGGCCACCGAGUUCGGCGAGGCUCUUUACAAACACGACGAGUUUUAGACAUCUGCAGAUGCCGCACAGGUUAAUAUUGAGCUUAUGAAAUAUGCAUGUUUACUUGCUUAUUUUUUCAACUGAUUCGUGUUACUAUUGGUGCGUAGAGUGAGAAGCGUUUAUCACAUGUGAAUCAGGUUCUCAACUGCUAGUCGUUGCGUAGGGGGCUUUUAGCGUUAGCCAGCACUGUUCGAUUUCCUAGCGCGAAAAAUACUUAAAUGGCUGUUCUUAACAUGCAUGUGCUGCUGUGAAUGCUUAUGUUCAACUUGGUCUACUGUUUAGUGUGUCUUGCGUGGGCAAUCGAGUCCUCACAACGUACUAUUACCGCCAGAGUGUUUAUACCGUUUGACUUGAGCAAAUAAAGUUUAUAUGAAAAA